CAUCAAAUAUAAAUUAUAAUUAUAUAAAAGUAAUACUAGUACACGUUUUUUUCAAGUAGAGAUCUUAUAACUAACGCAUGGAGUAUUUAUUUAUUAGAAUAGUCAUUAACUCGACAGCUUGUAGCUCAGACAGAUCACCAAUACUUCCUUUUUAAACUUCCCAACUGUAUUGCAGUAUUUGGAAACUCCGAGACAAUUCCAUUGACUUAUUUACCCCUACCAUUUUCAUCGAUUUACUUAACUCUCCUCGGUUCCUUCGUCGCAGAGCGCGGGAAAUGGAAACGGCACUGGAGGAUCGCCGACGGAGUUCCGGCGAACCGGAGGAGAAAGUGUUUCUAGGGAGUGAUAAAUUCGCCGAUUCUUCAUCCAACAGUUUGAACACUAUUCUGGCUUUGACAUUAUGGCUUGGAGCUAUUCAUUUCAUUGGAGCAGUGUCUCUCUUCGCACUCUUCUUUCUUCCAUUCUCCAAAGCACUCUUGGUUUUUGGUUUGCUUUUCGUGUUAAUGGUGAUUCCUAUUGAUGAAAAGAGCCUAUAUGGUCGAAAAUUAGCAAGGUAUAUAUGUAAGCAUGCUUGUAGUUACUUUCCGGUCACGCUUCAUGUAGAGGAUAUAAAGGCUUUCCAUCCAAAUCGUGCUUAUGUUUUCGGUUAUGAACCACACUCAGUUUUACCAAUUGGAGUUGUUGCACUAGCCGACAGCACAGGUUUUAUGCCUCUUCCAAAAAUAAAAGUUCUUGCGAGCAGUGCAAUAUUUUACACACCAUUUCUGAGACACAUAUGGACAUGGUUGGGUCUGACAGCAGCAACAAGGAAAAACUUCAACUCCUUGCUGGAUGCAGGCUAUAGUUGCAUCUUAGUACCAGGUGGUGUUCAAGAAACAUUUUUCAUGGAGCAUGAUAGUGAGAUUGCCUUUCUCAAGGCAAGAAGAGGAUUUGUCCGCAUAGCGAUGGAGAAGGGGAAACCACUGGUUCCAGUUUUCUGCUUUGGACAGUCAAAUAUUUAUAAGUGGUGGAAACCAGGCGGGAAGCUAAUUCUGAAUUUUGCAAGGGCUAUCAAAUUCACCCCGAUAUAUUUUUGGGGAAUUUUCGGAUCUCCAAUACCAUUCAAACAUCCGAUGUAUGUGGUGGUGGGUAGACCGAUUGAGCUUGAGAAAAAUCCAAAACCAACGCCCGAGGAGGUUGCUAAAGUGCAUACUCAGUUUGUUGAAGCACUUCAAGAUCUUUUUGAACGGAACAAAGCUCGAGUUGGAUAUCCAAACCUUCAGUUGAAAAUUGUUUAAUCAAUCUACAGUGUAUCCUCUUAUGAAUAAUGAUACAACUGGUUAGAUUAAAAAAUGUAAAAAAUAUAAUUAUAUUGAAGAAAUGUCUCCUCUUAUAAAUGAUGAUACAAAUGGUUUAGAUUAAAAAUAUAUAUAAUUAUAUUGAUGAA